AUGCAGCUCUCCUGGAAGCCAGGAUAUUCUCUCUCCAAUAGGCCCGUGAGAAGGUCAGCAGCCCGUAGGAUCAAUAGGGGUCGGUUGGGGAACGCAGAUGGACCUCAGCAAUUUGUGUUCGUUGCAGAACAUCCUAUGAGAGACCUCAACGUUUCCGAGGAAGCCAGCCUUUCCGUAGAGACGCCAUUCGAGGUCUCGGGUGAUGCAUCGCCAAUUAGUGCUGCUGAUUCUCCCGGCCCCGAGACCGAUCCUAGGACAGCUGAAUUACAACCGCAUCGCGAUAACAGCAAAGACCAAGGCCAAUCCCCGUGUUCAUCUACACCGACAGACGACGGACAGCUACAAUUAGCUGACGGAGACGCCUUCUAUGACUGGUCGAGUCAAGUCGCUACUACUAUAGAGUCAAGUCCCAUGGCAGCUUCAGACCUCCCCAACACUACUACAUCUAUGCCACCGAGCGUACUGUACAAUAACAUCUGGCAGCGGUUUGGGCCUAUCCUUGAGAGAUACAAUAUGGAAUUCUGCACGAUCCCAUUAACGUUCGACUUACAGAUGAAUCCGUUUCGAUAUCGCAAAACCAACGUUCCGGAACCUAUGUUUCUGGUCCAUGCGGUGAUGGCUUUAGCGGGUCAUCAUGUUAAGAGCCCAUCAACCGAUGACCAUCACUAUACAGCAUUGAAACUCCUCCGCGAAAGCAUCAACGCAUCCGGUAAUGUGGAAGAUGGCUCCUCCAUGCUUGAUGCGAUUAUGAUCUUAUUUUCCUUCGACGAAACUCAAUCCACCCUCGGAUACUGGAGUACACAUCUCAAGGGAGCCUAUGGCCUCAUCGAAGCGUGCGGGGGAAUCGAAGCAUGGACUACGUCCGCUCGGGCAGACGCUCAAAUAGGAUUGCUGUUGUGGUGGGAUGCCAUCACCAGUCUCUUAUCCCGGGAAAAUUGCGUGUUCCCGUACGCAUACGUCGAAGCCAUCCUAUCGAACCCCGAUGAUCGGAAGUGGAAUUUCUUUGACCUCUGCGGGUGCCCACACAGCGUGGUCACGCUCCUCAUGCAAGUUGUGCGUCUGAGUGCCGAAAAACGCCAAUCGUCGUCCAUGCGGUACGUGACCUUCGACACCACGACGGUUGCCCAAAUCGAGCAAGCGCUCGAGUCCUGGCAUCACAUCUCCCCUGCCGCACUUGCCUUCGGUAGCGAAGAGGACAUCCAAAAAGACCAAGAUUGUAUGCACUGCUCGGAGGCAUGGAGACACGGCCUGCUUCUCUACAUUUACCGCGUAUUCCGAUGGAAGCCGGGAAGUCCUAUUCCAACGCAUGUUGUCCGUUGGGCCCGGGUUGUUGUGGACCAUGUGGUAGCGUGUCGCGACGAGAGCAUGGUCGCCCGGCAGGCGUUGCUGCCGCUCUUCUUCGCGGGCUGCGAACAACGCGAUCGAUCGAUACGGCAGAAGAUCGUGCAGUUCUGCUCGGUGUGGAAUGACCGGACGCGGUAUCAAAUGUUUGGGAGUACCAUUCCGUUGCUUGAAGAAGUAUGGGCGGAGCAGGAGGCGAAGGGAUUUGAGAACGUGUGGUGGGGUCACGUCGUGGAUCGAAAACACACUGUGUCUUGUUAUCCGUUGCAAAUGCGGCUUUGCUUUGGAUGAUCUAAACUAAAAGUCAAGAUAUAUUCGCGGUCAGCCUUUAUAAAGGUGGAUCGGGCUGCUGGCUUACUGCCAUGUCUCCGCAACCAAGCUUGCACCCUUGUCUUCCAGGCUCUCCAUAGCAGCAUGCACAAGCAGGCUCGCAACAUCUUGUUGCUCCGCAUAAAGAGGACCGAAUCGAUAUCCAAGUUCGCACUUUCGAAUAAGAACCCAGCCCGUAAGGGUUCGUGUUGAUCCACGACUGCAAGGCCGUUUGCAUCUUGACGGUGAAACAAAGCCUCAGUGGUCCAUAAGCGAGGACUUUCGAGUCCACAAUGCGCGAAAUCACUUUCCGCGAGUUUAUCCAGGCUCAGCUUUUGCAAAUACUCGAUCCUUUCUCCCUCCAUCAAGGACCCAUUGGCAACAGGGAUAGCUUUCACACUGGGCCGCUCACAAACCGCGAUUAGAUUAGUCUCUAUAAAAGCCACGCCGCUCGUAAGUCACACGUUGCUCAGCCACACUGUCAAGGCCAAUGUAUUCCGUGCCGUAUUUGCGGAAGAAAUCCUUGCCUGCACUGAGUAUCUCGCGACCGAUACCAUAACCGCGAUAUGUGGCGGUGGUAAACAAUGAUAAC